AUGAAUAGCUCUGUGUUUGCAGCCCCCAUCACCUUCACAGUCUACAGCUCUCUCGGUGUGUAUAACUCUGCACUUGUCGUUUGCAUUUUUGUCCUCUACGUCUCAGGUUUGUGCAUUAACCUUUUCCUCAUUCUGGUUAUUUGUGUCGAGUCUCGCCUCCACAGGCCCAUGUACAUCCUGCCGGUCAACCUGGCUCUGAGCGGGGUGAUGGGGAGCUCGUGCGUGUGUCCCAUCAUCAUUAAACACCUCAUAGCCGACAGGAAGGAGACUUCUCUCGCAGGCUGUUUAUCUCAAGUGUUUUUCUGCAACGUAUACAGCUGCUGUAUAUUUUGUCUUUUAGCGCUGAUGGCCUACGAUCGGUACAUUUCCAUCUGCAAACCUCUGCAGUACCACUCCAUCAUGACGCCGACUAAAGUCAAACUGAUGCUGACGGGGGUUUAUUUCGUCCUCAGCUCCUCCUCGGCCACUCAGGUUUAUCUCACCUCCAGCCUCACACUCUGCAGUCACACAGUCAAUAAACUUUUAUGUGACAGUUUGGCGAUUGCAAACCUUUCCUGCACACACACGCCUCUCAUCAGUGUGUUCGGCAUGUGCUGCGCCGUCUGUUUCAUCGUUUUCCCCUGUUUUCUAGUCAUUCUCUCUUAUGUUCAUAUUUUCAUCGUGACCCUAAAAACUUCCAAGGAGUCUCAGAGGAAAGCUCUCCACACCUGCACCCCUCACUUAGUGACCUUCAUUAAUUUCUCCGCAGCCUCUUUUUUUGGUCUCAUUUACAAUCGUGUAGGUCACAAAGUCCCAGAAGUUUUUAAUGUUGUCAUAGGUAUUAACUUUUUUGUCAUCCCUCCUCUGCUGCAUCCCGUCAUUUAUGGUAUUAAAAUGCAAGAGAUUCGGCAAAGUGUAAAGAAAAUUAUGAAAGAGAAAAUAACACAGUUUAGAUAA